AUGCUUACCCUCGGCUUACUUCGCCAGAUCAUCUCGGUGCGCUUGUUCGAGCAAUCGUCUGGGUUUCGCGAGGUUGGCGCAGGGAUCGCCUUCUCGGCAUGCGCACGUCAAUGCAGUGCGUACUCUGCUUUCCUAAUACCUAUCAUUGUACAAACAACUCAUCAUAUCCUCCUCCUCCUCCCUCAGACUUGUCCGUUUUUAAGAUUUUUCACUAGCCUCGAACGAUUUCGCGUUGCUGACAUGAAUAAGAGCUGA